AUGCCCGCUAUGUUGUCGACUGUCUCGUUGAUUGACCCCACUACCCUCAACCCAUCCUUUUCUGGGCCAGAGAAUAGUCGUAUGGGUAGACCUGCGGUCAUCAUCACUCGAGCUGACCAGCAGACUUCCGUCGACCAAACUCAGCUCUUGCUCACAAAUGCAAAGGCCUAUCGUCUGCAGAUGUUGGCCCUCUCGAAAGCUGCUGCCAACUUUGGUUAUGCACUCGAGAAGAUUGCUCAUUCUAAAGCUGCUGUUCGGGAUGCUUCUAACGUCUCAUCAAGCCUGCAAGCUGCAGCGGGACUUCACUAUUUGAUGUCGAACCAUCAUCAGAUCCUGAGUGAUACACUGUAUAAGCAAUUUGAAAUUCCAUUGUUGCAACAUCUCGAUACACACAAGAACAAUAUCGAGGCCAGUGAAGCCCAAUAUGAGCGAUCCAUGCGCGAUAUGAGUCAAAAAAUCAAAGAGACCGAGGCUGCAUCCAUGCAGAAUGGCCAUCUUCUUCAAUUUCGACAAGCAUUAGCAACUUUGACAAUGCAGGUCGAUGAACUAGAGCGUAUUAAGUUGGGAUACUACUUUAGUAACUUGGAAAGUGAACAAGCCAAUUUACAGCUUAUUCUUCAAAAGACUUCCACCAUCGUCAGAGCAGAGGUGGAUAUUUAUGAACGUAUUGCCAGCAAAGGAUUGAAUGAUUCAAUUCUAGAACCUAUGACAACCCAAGGGCCUGACCCUUACUUCAUCUAUCCAACAACAGAGGAAUUUUCGUCUAUAUUCUCAAUUCUUCCUUCUACACCCAUCAUUCCAACCACAGGAGCAGGGGCCACUGGGACAAUCACACCACAACCAGAUGCCAUCAUGUCCAGCUUUUAUGGUUAUCAUGAGAAUAACCCAUUCUCAACCGCACGGAAUUUAAAUAAUAGCACAACAAGAGAUCGUCAUCUCUUUGGAGACGCCUCGUCAAUUGAAUCCAAAGAAGAAUCGGUCCUGAAGAAAGCAGCCACCAUUGUAUCAAUAGGACAGCAACAUAAGCCUCCAGCACUAGAUAGCAAAUCCAAUGCUACCACUGUUACCACCACUACUUCUACCACUUCUACCACUACAACCACCACAGCCGCAUCUAUUGCCACAAGAAAAGAUACUGCUUCAGCCUCACUAUCUUCUAAUGAUCAAAAGAGAGCAGGAAAAGGUAACCAGGUCCAAGCUAUAGAGACAAUAUCCGAGGAAUCAGACAAGAGUGCAUCAUCAUCAGAGAAGACAAGACAAGCUUUUGGAACGAGGAGUGAUGAGGGGGAUGAUUCGAGUAAUUCGACCGCAAAACAAGAAUCGAAACAGUCUGAAGAAUCCUCAGGAGAGGCGACAGUAACGGAGAACCAAGCGUCUACUUCACACUCAACCCAAAAUGGUCAUAACGAGACAUCCACGACACGGAGUAGCAAUGGCGUGGAUCUCCAGGCAGGGAAGCAGCAUCAUCGUAACCAAACGGCUACAUCCCCAUCCGUUUCCGCACCUGCUACGCCAAGCGAACCUGCUUCAUCGGUUCGAUCUCAUUCACUUAGAUCUCGCUCUGGAUCCCGGUCACAUCUGCUAGCCUCAACGCCAGAUUCACCUCCUGUCCGAGGGAUGAUCCAUAUCGGUCAGGAUUCAGAGCUGUUGAACAACCGAGACUUUUCAUUUUCAUAUGAGCCCUCUGAAUUAUUGGAACAGCGGAACAUGCAUUCACAAUUGAACUUGAGUCGUCAUGGAGCUCAUAAUGGACUCCAACCAUUUGCAUUUCAUGAGUUGGAAGAAGAAGAAGGCGGCUUUGGAGCUACACCUCCGACGAGGCUCAUGCGGACCACUCAUUCGUCACCCUCUUCACAACAGCAUCACCCAGGUCAUAGCCAUAGCCAGAGCAAUAGCCCUAGCGCUAGUCAGACCCAUAGCCGCAACCAUAGCCACCAUCUACAGGGUCUUCGGCAUCACUCUAGCGAUGGACAACUCAGCCAAAGCUCUUCUUCCGUUCUGAGCAGCGUAGGUAGCACUCACAGUGGAUUGAGCCUUCACGGCACUCUUCAACAUCGUCGGAGCACAGGACGGAUAAAGACAGAUUUGGAAACAGCGGCCAAUAUGUUUGACAAGUCACUGGAUGAACCUUUUUUGCCUUCAAUGACCGCUAGAGGACCGACAGCAUCAGAGGAUCGUCUUCGAGAGAUGAGACGAGGCUUUGAUGACGGUAUGCCAGCGUUUUUUCCAGAUGAGAUAGAUUUGCCAUCUCAAAACUCUCAACCACGGUCACUGCAUGGCUUUGGAAGCGGAAGUGCAAGUGGAAAUGCAAGUCGUCGACAAAGUGGAUUUGAUCAAGACAUGGAUAAGACUUUCGAUACGUCUCCACCAUCAUCAGUCUCUAAUCGCCCACCAAGUGUCGUCGAGUCUAUUCGUAUGGCAGAUGGUAGCAGCAAGAACGUGAGCAUGACCAACGUCAAUGAGAUUGCAGCUUGA